GCACAAACAAAACCCGUAGACGAACAUAAUAUUUGCGAUUCCUCACCUCCUCGUCUCUGGUGGUGUAUAUGGCGGAGUAAACGAAGAUAUUUCAUCUUCCGACGACGCCGUAUUGGUUUUCUCUCUCAUCGGACCAAGUCAGUUCGAGCUUCUCUCGUACGGAACUGCAGCGAAACCCUAGGUCCGUACUCGAUCAAGUACUGCAUAUCGCCUAUCUUCAACCACCUCUUGUUGUUUGUUGAACUUCUAGAGUAGAUUUGGCAAUUCGUACAUUGAUAAAAGAGGGUGCAGUUUUUUCAGAAGGUUUGUGGACAUUGCUGGGUUCAUAUGGCAUAUGUGAUGCGCAGUGCUGGACCAGCUUGAUGAACCCAGACUAUCGAGGCAGAGUACAAUUAUUUUUAAGCGUCACAGCUUUUAUCUGCUAGUACUGUUUGAGGGUUCUCAAGUUCUUCUAGACUUCCGAGUCAAAUGGUUCCGAUGUUACAUUUGAUUUUGUAUUAAACACGAAGAGGAUGUUACCCUGUUGGAAGGAGCCUUACAUCAACUUGACUUUUGCUUCCUCGCUGUACUUUGUAUUUAUGUUUUCUGGGACAGAUAGAAGAAGAUAAUGUAUUAAUGUAAUGUUAUAAGAAGAAACCAUGGAACAGGUUUCAGAGAAAAAAUAUCCCCUCAAUGCAGCAGAUUACAAAUUAUAUGAGGAAGUUGGAGAAGGGGUCAGUGCCACUGUUCACCGAGCUCUUUGCAUUCCUCUUAAUGAGAUAGUUGCCAUCAAGGUUCUUGAUCUGGAAAAGUGUAAUAAUGACUUGGAUGGAAUCCGUCGAGAGGUACAAAUGAUGACGUUGAUUGAUCAUCCAAAUGUAUUAAGAGCGCAUUGCUCCUUCACCACAGGCCAUAGCCUUUGGGUUGUGAUGCCAUAUAUGGCUGGGGGUUCAUGCCUUCAUAUAAUGAAAUCGGCUUAUCCAGACGGUUUUGAAGAGCCCGUUAUUGCUACGUUGUUACAUGAGGUUCUCAAAGCUAUCGUCUAUCUUCAUGGGCAUGGGCAUAUCCAUAGAGAUGUGAAGGCUGGCAAUAUAUUAAUGGAUACUAAUGGUGCUGUCAAGUUAGCAGACUUUGGGGUAUCUGCAUGCAUGUUUGAUGCCGGGGAUAGGCAGAGGUCAAGAAACACAUUUGUUGGAACUCCGUGCUGGAUGGCUCCUGAGGUUAUGCAGCAGCUGCAUGGAUACGACUUUAAAGCAGAUAUAUGGUCAUUGGGAAUAACAGCACUUGAACUUGCUCAUGGCCAUGCCCCAUUUUCUAAGUAUCCACCUAUGAAGGUUCUUUUGAUGACACUACAAAACGCACCACCAGGUCUUGACUAUGAGAGGGACAAGAGAUUUUCAAAGUCUUUCAAAGAGUUGGUAGCUGCUUGCUUGGUGAAGGAUCCAAAGAAACGUCCCUCGUCAGAUAAGCUUUUGAAGCACCAUUUUUUCAAACAGUCACGGUCAAAUGAUUAUUUGGCUCGUACUAUUUUGGAUGGUAUUUCCCCCUUGGGCGAUCGUUUUAGGAUGCUGAAGGCAAAAGAAGCCGAUUUACUUGUACAGAACAAGGCUUUAUAUGGGGAUAAGGAGCAGUUAUCACAGCAAGAGUAUAUCCGAGGAAUCAGUGCCUGGAAUUUUAAUCUGGAUGAUUUGAAGAAUCAGGCUGCCGUUAUUCAGGAUUAUGAUGGUUCUUCAAAUGAUGGAGACACAAAAGUUGGGGGGAAUCGAAGGGACAGACGUGAUGACAUUGGUUGUCUGACAGAGAGGCUAUCCCCAGAGAAGGCUAAUCAGUUAGAUGCUUCACCUCAACUUGAUGAUGGGACUAAUAACAUUCAUAAUUUGGAGGGUUCACUUGCUGUGUUUCCUAUUCAACCUCUUCAGGCACUCAAAAGUUGUUUUGAUGUCUGCAAGGAUGAUGUGGGUACUGGUAGCCCAAGUUGGAAAAAUUUUACUAGAUUGAAUUCUGAACAGCAGAGUCAAAUACAGUCAUCACAAAACGAUGAUGACCAAGAAGCUGGGAGAGAUGUUGUGAGACUGAGACAGAGUAGCUCUUUGCCUCAUUUUGUAGUUUCUGUUCAAAAAGUUUCUUUGAGCAGUCCCCUGCAGCAGGAAAGUCCUAAAAAAGUUGGCGGUGAUGGGGACAGGGAAUUGGUACAAGUGAGACAUCAAUCGGAUCGGAACUAUAGUGGUCCAUUACCAAAUCGUCAAAAGAAAGACAUCAAUAACCUUACAUCUGAGGACACAUCAGGAGCAGUGGUCCAUAAGGGGCGAUUUAAAGUCACUUCAGCUGAGCUGAGUCCUAAGGCCCCUACAAACUGCUUCUUCAAUCCAGUUUCUGGAGGUUUAACUACUCCAAUUACACCUGCUCUUUCAGCUGGUUCAGUUCUUCCAUCAUUGCAAUGCAUUUUACAGCACAACAAUAUGCAAAGAGAAGACCUACUUAGAUUGAUCAAACACGUGGAGCAAACCUCUGGCAGUUCCAUGGAGUUCUCUGACGUGGGGUCUAAUGACAUUUCUCUGGCACCUCCUGCUUCUACUAGGGAGUCUACUAGGGAGGGAGAGCUGCAGUCUCAGGUGAUUCAACUCCAACAAAGCAUUGGGAGUCUUGUUGAAGAAUUGCAGAGGCAAAAGCUGAAAAAUGUUCAGUUGGAAAAGAAAUUGAAUGCUUUUAUUAAGAAAGAGGAAAAGAUAUGAGAAUGAUGGUGAAAAUGAUCAAGGCGCUUGUCCACUGAUUUGCCUCCAAGGCAGCCAGAGUUCAUGAACAUCUGCAAGGUACUUCCCAAUAUAUAGGCAGAUUGUAUUAUUUGUGUACCAUAUGUACGACAGUAAAUCAGGUCCAAAUUUUGAGUAGCUGUUCGUCGAGCGUCAGAAUGUUGUAUGUGUUGUAAUUUGUUGAUUGGGUACUGUAAUUAUAUUACACAUUUCCAUA